AUUAGAGUGCAGGUUCAGCCCUCAUGGCUGUGUUUGCUGUCCUCUUCUCUCUUGUUUUCUUUCCUCUCAUUCUCUUCGUGUCUGGGACCAUCCUCCUCAGUCUCAAGUGGAGGGAAGAGGAUGGAAAGAAGAGGGUACAGGUUGUAGUUUUGGGUGACAUCGGACGGAGCCCGCGCAUGCAGUAUCACUCACAUUCUCUCGCUCUUCAGGACUUUGAUGUGGACAUUAUCGGCUAUGGAGGCUCUCAGCUCAUUCCUUCUCUGUCCAAGAGUGCCAAGGUCAAUGUCUAUUACCUACCUGAUAUACCAGAGAGGAUUAACAGACUACCUUCUCUUCCUCGCUACAUUUCUAAAGUUUUAUUCCAAACGGUUACUCUGUUCUGGACUCUGAUCAAGAAGACGAAAAAACCAUCAAACGUUUUACUCCAGACUCCUCCUGCCAUACCAAGUCAGUUUGUCCUGAUUCUAGUGUCUUUGCUAAGAGGAAGCAAGCUAAUAGUCGACUAUCAUAAUUAUGCUUAUACGAUAAUGGCUCUCUCUCUUGGGGAAAAUCACAUCCUUGUGAAGCUUACCUGGAUAUACGAGAGAGUGAUGAGUUUCUUUGUCAGCGCUAGGUUGUGUGUAUCUGACGCUAUGAGAAAAGACCUUCGGAAGAACUGGGGAGUAAAUUCAUAUGUCAUGUAUGAUAGACCUCCUAAUAUAUUCCAAGUUGUAUCUACUGCUCAAAAACACGAGUUGUUUCUGAAGCUCUCACAAACCAUCCCAAUAUUUAAAGACAAUGGAAACGAAAAGAAUGUCUCAAGAACAGGGUUCAGCGAGAGUACCCCAACUGGCACUAGACUGAGAGAUGACAGACCAUUCCUUCUUGUCAGUAGCACCAGCUGGACAGAAGAUGAAGAUUUCAGUAUACUUCUAAAGGCACUUGAAAUAUAUGAAGAAAAAGCUAAAGAUCCUGGCAACAACCUCCCAACUAUUGUCUGCAUUAUAACUGGUAAAGGCCCUUUAAAGUCUUACUACGAGGACCUAAUUAAAAAGAAGUGCUUCAAACAAGUCAAUAUUAUCACGAUGUGGCUUUCUAGCGAAGACUAUCCAGUUCUUCUAGCAUCUGCUGAUCUUGGGGUCUGUUUGCACAAAUCUUCAUCAGGUCUUGAUCUUCCAAUGAAAAUUGUUGAUAUGUUUGGCUGUGGCCUUCCAGUCUGUGCUUUUCGCUUUGAAUGUCUUCACGAGUUACUUAAAGACGAACACAAUGGUUUGGCGUUUGACACCCACCAGCAGCUAGCAGGCCAGCUGCAGAGGCUCUGCAGCGGUUUCCCUUCACCUAAUACGUCUCUCAAUCGAUUUCGUGACAAUCUCGUGUCCUUUCACAGUCUAAGAUGGCACCAUUACUGGAAGUUGCAUGUUCUUCCUUUAGUAACUGGACACUUAUAAUUAUAAUAAUGAUGAUACUUAUCUUCUCAUUUUCUGAUAAUUGUUUUAGUUUUAUCCCUUCAUGAUAUUAGUGUUUUUGUCUUUUAUUUGAUUUUUCUUUUCAGCAGUAGAAAAAGAGUUUAUUUUUCUCUUAUUCUCUCA